UGCACAGGGGUUGCAGUUACCGAUGGCGACUUCUGUACCAUUGGCUAGGGUGGUAUUAGUCCUGUGAGCAAGGUCAGAGCCAGAAUUCACUGCGAUUUUUUUUAGUAAACAUGGGCAGAGUAGCAAAGCUAUGGCAGAGGUGGGCGCAAAUUGGGAAAACGCAGAACUUUCAAUGACAAAAGAUUCCCCCCUUUGGAUAUUUAUAACAAAAGCAUAACAAAACAGUUUCAAGAAAUCAUUACGCCCAGAAGAAAACGAAAAUGAAACACGACUUCCUCUCAACAACAGCUGCGUUUGACGGAGCAAAGGUUCUCACUGCUUUGAUGUGACUGGUUCGUGGGACCGCAUUUAAUUUUAUUGGUUUUGCCAUAACCAAAUUAGGACAUUUCGUUUUGUGGAAAUUUCCUGUUGUUCCAAACUGUCUCAGAGAAUUUUGAGCACGUCAGUUGGGAGUGAAGCAGCGAAGAAGGAUAAUGGAAGUUGUCGAGAAGCGCUAUGAUCCCAAAGACACCACUUUGAAAUUUGUAAAGGGAAAGGAUGAGAUCACAGGAGAUGAUGAUGACCCAAAUGCUCUGAGAGCAGAAAUGUCCUGUGGACACGCUGUAGACCCCAAUUCACUCACAGCAUGGUGUCGGAGCCUAUUAGACCAGGGUCAUUUCACAUUCCAUUGCCCUGGAGUAAAGGAAGGCACUAAUGAGAAGUGUAACAAGGAAUGGCCCUAUGUGGAGGUUCGCAGACUUGCGCUGCUGACUGAUGAGGAACAGCAGUAUUUUGAAGAGAAGGUUUCCAUACUUGCUGCUGCAAAGUACUGUGAAUACAAAUGGUGCCCUGGAUGUGGAAGUUGUGUUGAACGGAAAGAUCUGACAAACCUAUCUGUGAAAUGUGUAAUCUGUACAGCUGAGAAAGGAAAGUGUUAUGAAUUCUGCUGGCAAUGUAUGAAGGGAUGGAAGGGCCGAGCACCACGCUCUGAUCGAUGUGACAAUGAAGGGUGCACCAAUGUUCAGCUGGAAACCCUAAAAAACUGUGACACCAAGGUUUUGACCUACAGCAAAAUUCACUGUCCAAAAAUUCGUGCAUGUCCUACAUGUGGGGUGCUCAUAGAGCAUAAAGAAAUGUGCAAAUAUGUCAUAUGCGCUAGAUGUCAUGUAGCAUUUUGCUUUGCAUGCCUUCAGACUGAAAACGUUUGCAAAAAAUCAUCUAAUUAUCUUAAUGCUUGUGCUAAUUCUGUGGCACCAAAGCAAACAAGUAUUCCUGUGUGGAAUCGUACCUAAAAUUCAAAUACUUCUGAUGCUUAAGGUGAUGCUGAAUCCUUUUGAUGUACAAUCAGUUAAGCAAAUAAUCAGAGUCUUAAGAUUGAAUGUAAGUUUGAAAACAAAAAUCAAAUAAACAUCAAAUAGCUCAAUGCAAGUCAUUUAUUUUUGCUGAUCAAUGUUACCUGAUUUUGCUAAUUAUUCUAAGGAAUUUGAUAAGAUAAACAUUUUGCGUUUUGUUCGUUCUGACGAUAUUAUUGUAAGCUGUUACCAAACAAAUAAAUAAUUAUUAUAAUUAA